UUUGAUCCUCGAGAUAACAUGCUCGCUCCAGCUGCAAUGUCCCUGGCCAACCCACUCUUGGCUGCUGCUGCCCCAAUCAGACCUGAAGAAUGUCCUCCUUGUUUCAACUGUCAGCUAGAUGCCUUUCCUUGCUCUCACUUUGCACCCUGCAAUUCUUAUGACGGUCUUUGUACCUGCCCGCCCGGAUUUGCUGGCAACAACUGCUCAGAACCAGUCUGCGGAGGUCUCGAUGAUGGCAAAAGCCGACCGCGCCGUGGUGAUGAUGAAAAGUGCAAGUGCAAAGACGGUUGGUCAGGCAUCAACUGCAAUGUCUGUGAAUCGGACCAUGUUUGCAACUCGCUCGUGCCUACGGGUCAAAAUGGAACUUGUUACAAAGGCGGCUUCACUGUCGUUGAAAGCUUUCAGCAGUGCGAUGUCAUCAAUCGUAACAUCGUUGCUGCACUUCCAGAUCAGCCUCCUGCUAUUACAUUCUCAUGCAACAGCAAGGCUGCCACCUGUGACUUUCAAUUUUGGGUUGACCAAGUAGAAUCAUUUUAUUGUCAUCUGGAUGAAUGUACCUUUGCGCAAGACGUCAAGUUCGAUGAUACUCUCACAACUUACAAGUGCAAGAGUGUGAAAUGCUCUUGCGUCCCUGGCAGAAUGCUUUGCGGAAAAGACGGAAGCGUCAAUAUUGACGAUUUCCUUGAAGAAGAGAUCAAAGGACCUGCGGAAUUUGUCUGUAAAGAAAACGGCAAAUGCACGUUUGAAGAGCCUGCUAUGAAUGAGAUGAUCCAGGAUAUGUUUGGAGAUCCAGCAAUCUACCUUAAAUGCCAUAGUGGAGAAUGUCUGCAUUACACUCAAGUACCAGGCUUUGUUCGACCCCCUCGUCCUGACUACACCCUAGGCAUCAUCUUGUCUAUUACUGGAGUCUUUGCAUUCCUCAUUGGCCUUGCAUUCGCUGUCUUCUAUCUGGCCAAGAAAUCGGGAUACUCAGGAGACGGAUAUAUUGCACUUCCAGAUGAUGAGGCUGCCAAGCUAAUGGCCGAGCACAUUCCUGCCACUCUUAUGUUCAAGGAUAUGAGCUACACUGUAGGCGGUAAAGAGGUGCUCAGGCAAGUUAGUGGAAUUGUCAAACCUGGACAAGUUAUGGCCAUCAUGGGUGCUAGUGGUGCUGGAAAGACCAGUUUGCUAGAUAUCUUGGCAAGACGUCACAAGUCUGGAACGGUGCAUGGAAACAUCUAUGUCAACGGAAAAACGGUCUCCCGUCAGGAAUAUAAACGUGUUGCUGGAUAUGUUGAUCAAGAGGACACUUUGAUGCCCACUUUGACAGUUUACGAGACUAUUUUAUACUCAGCUUUACUUCGCCUUCCGCGAGAUAUGUCAUACGACGCUAAGCGAUUCCGUGUGAUGGAGACUAUGUCGGAGCUUGGUAUCUUGGGCAUCAAGGAUAUGAAGAUUGGCGCCAGUGGACAACGUUCUAUCUCUGGAGGAGAAAAGCGCAGAGUCUCCAUUGCCUGUGAACUCGUUACUUCGCCCUCUAUCUUGUUUUUGGACGAGCCAACCUCUGGAUUGGACGCCUACAAUGCCUUUAAUGUGGUGGAAUGUCUCGUUACGCUUGCCAGGAGUUAUAACCGCACAGUCAUCUGCACCAUCCAUCAGCCUCGAAGCAAUAUCUUUGCAAUGUUUGAUCAGUUGGUUUUGAUGGCCAAAGGACAGUUGGUCUAUUCAGGAGAAACCAGGAACCUCAACGGACAUCUGAAAAGCCUGGGACAUGCUUGUCCGGAGGGCUUCAACAUGGCAGACUACAUGCUCGAUCUGACCAUGUACACUGGAAAGCCAUCCAAAUCACUUAAUACUGCCAACGAUGAUAGUCAGGAUGAUCAGGACGAAAGCUCCUAUGAUGCCGCGCCCAGUCUUCAGGAUAGCACUGUAGCAGGGCGCUCCAAUGACGCUAGUCCUUCAUUCACGCGUGCACCUAGUAUUAUUGAUGACUCGCUUCAGUGGGAGAGUGAACUCGCCUCUCGUGAGCAAGACCGUCCACGACCAAGUGGAUCCAAUACUCCUGGAGCUCGCUCGGGGCUUGCACGCGAAACCGCUAUUGGCAUUGACCCCGUAUCUUCAGGCACUAGCGAUAGUGGUACCCGAAGGGACCCAUUAGAUUCUGAGGAAGCAGAUACCGCAAGAGCCCAUCUUCAGGCACUUGUGGAGGGCUUCAAGGCGAGCCAUAUUCUUAUGGAUAUCGAACAGCAAAUUGACUUUGCAGUCCAAGGCGGAGAGCAAGGCGCCAAUGCCCCUGGAUCGAUCUAUAGCAACAUGACGUCUGGAAAGGCAGUCUCGACAUUUGAACGCGCUUCUUGGUGGAGUCAAUUCAAGAUUUUAGCCGACAGGACUCUCAAGAACAUUUACCGCGACCCAAUGCUCAUGCUCUCACACUACUGCACGUCCAUCUUCCUGGGUUUACUCUGUGGUGCGCUAUUUUACAAGGUUACGAACGACAUUCCUGGAUUCCAGAAUCGUAUGGGUGUGUUCUUCUUUAUGUGUGCACUCUUUGGUUUCUCUUGCUUGUCGAUCCUACCUUCGUUUGCGCAUGAGCGCAUUUUGUUUGUAAGAGAACGGGCCAAUGGAUAUUACUCUCCUUUGACUUACUAUCUGACCAAAGUCCUGUUUGAUAUCGUACCGCUGCGUGUCAUCCCCCCGAUGUUGAUGGGCCUGAUUAUUUACAACAUGGUUGGGUUGGUAGAUGGCUGGAAGGAAUUUGGAAAGUUCUUUUUAGUUCUGGUACUAUUCAACUUUACGGCUUCUGGUGUUUGCUUGAUGAUUGGAAUCAUUUUUGAGGAGGUGGGCGUCGCCAACCUGAUGAGCAGCUUAAUCAUGUUGUUCUCUAUGCUCUUUGGCGGUCUCUUGCUAAACAAAUCCUCGAUACCUGCGAAGCUUGCGUGGCUCAAAGAGUUAUCAUUCUUUAAUUUUGCAUUUGAGGCACUACUGGUCAAUGAAAUCACAUUCUUACAUCUCAUCCAGAAAGAGUUUGGCUUAGAGAUCGAUGUUCCUGGAGCAGUCAUUCUGUCAACAUUUGGAUUUAACUCGGGCGCGUUCUGGAAAGAUGUGCAAAGUCUUAGUAUCAUGGCUUGCACGUUCUUCUUGAUCGGUUUCCUCUGGCUUCAGUUCCGAGUGAAUGAGAGGCGUUAA